AUGCUUUUCCUUCCUUCCUUCCUUCCUUCAUUCCUUCCUUCCUUCCUUCCUUCCUUCCUUCCACUUUUUUCCUUCUUUUUGUGUUUCUAUUUCUUUCUUUCUUUCUUUCUUUAUUUAUUUAUUUCUUUUCUUUCUUUCUUCUCAUGUCUUCUUUUCUUUAUUUCUUUCUUUUCGUACGUUUGCUGGCUUUCUUUCUUUCUUACCUCCUAUCUUUGCUUUCUUUCUUCCUCACAUGAUACGUUUUCUCUCUUUCUUUUUCUUUCUUUCCUUCUAAUGCCUCCAUUUCUUUCUUUCUUUCUUUCUUUCUUUCUUUCUUUCUUAUUGCAUCAUCUAUUCUUUUCUUUUUAUAUAUCUUUAUCUUUCUUUCUUUUUUGUUCUUUCGCAAAUCUAUUUUUCCUUCUUUCUUUUUCCUUUCUUUUCCAAUCACUUUUUCCCGAUUCUCGUUUUCUUUCUUUCUUUCUUUCUUUCUUUCUUUCUUUCUUUCUUUUACUCAUUGUCACGUCGUCGGAUUCCCUCAUUAAUCUCUCCAUACCUCCAAUACAAUUGCGUUUCCCCAGUCUUCGAACUCAUCACUUUUCCACUUUUGAAUAA